AUGCGGUUGGUUAUCCUCAUCAUCACCGUCGGCAUCACAGAAAAGGGACAAGGCGUCGUUGCAGUCGUUAAUACAGACCUCUUCUACGGCUUCUCGGCAGUCUGCAACAUCGUCUUCGCCUUCUGCGGCCACGCAGCCUUCUUCGGCCUCAUGGCCGAACUCAAGAACCCAAGAGACUUCACAAAAUCCCCCCUUCCCCUGCAGGGCAUCGACAUGGGCCUGUACAUCACCGCCGCGCUAGUGAUCUAUCGGUACGCCGGCAGCAGUGUGACUUCUCCAGCGCUAGGAUCCGCCUCGCCGAUGAUCGCAAAAGUCGCAUACGGCAUCUCCCUACCGACAAUCAUCAUCGCCGGUGGCAUCAACGGCCACGUCGCGUUCAAGUACGUGUACUUGCGCAUUGUCAAGGGUACAGACCGCAUGCACAAGCGUGACUGGAUCGCGACCGGAUCAUGGGUCGGUAUUGCGCUCAUGCUGUGGGCUAUGGCGUGGAUUAUUUCCACUGCGAUUCCGGUCUUCAGUAGCCUGCUCAGUUUGAUUACGGCCCUCUUUGCGAGUUGGUUUACCUACGGCUUCAGUGCGAUCUUCUCUUGUGCGAAUAAUGCUUAG